GCCAUGGCAAUCUGCUACCCAAUGGCCGUGGGCCUGAACAAGGGCCACAAGGUGACCAAGAACGUGGUGAAGCCAUGCCAGUGCCAACACCGUGGGCAGCUGACCAAGCACACCAAGUUCAUCCGGGACAUGAUUCGGGAAGUGUGUGGCUUCGCACCUUACGAGAGGCACGCGAUGGAACUUCUCAAGGUCUCCAAAGACAAGCGAGCUCUGAAGUGCAUCAAGAAAAAGGUGGGCACACACAUCCGAGCCAAGAGGAAGAGGAGCUGA